AUGGGUUUCAUAUAUGAGGAGAUGGAAAAUGCAAAAGAGAAGAAAAAAUGCAACUUUAAUAACACCAAGAAAAGCUAUGAGCCUGUUUGGAAAAUUAUUGAUGAGAGGUGGGAUCAUCAGCUUCACAGGCCUUUCCAUGCAGCUGCAUAUUAUCUUAAUCCUCACCUGCACUAUGAACCUACUUUCAGACAUGAUGACCCUCAGGUGAAAGAAGGGUUGCACAUGUGUAUGAGAAGAUUGGUCAAGGAUGUUGCAGAAAGUAAAAAAAUUAGUUUGCAACUUGUUGAGUUUCAUUUUGCUAGAGGGCUUUUCUCUAUGGAAGAGGCAAAGGACAGUAGAAAAAUCAUGCAACCUGGAGAAUGGUGGGAGAUGUUUGGUGAUGGAACUCCAGGGUUGAGGAGAUUUGCUAUUCGUGUUUUGAGCUUGACUUGCAGCUCUUUUGGGUGUGAGCGUAAUUGGAGCUCAUUUGAAAUGGUUCAUACAAAGAGAAGAAAUCGAUUACAACAAAAGAAAAUGAAUGACUUUGUUUAUGUCAUGUAUAACUUGAAAUUAAAAAGUAAACAAAAUAGAAAAAGUAUUGCUCUUCCAUUUGAUGAGAUUGAAUCUGACAAUGAAUGGAUAACUGAAGAGGGAUAUAAUGAUGAGGAUGAGCAACCUCAAGCUGAAGGUCAUGGUGACAAUGUUAAAUUAGUGGGAGAUGUUGGAGGAAGUUCAAAUGAUUCAGUUGUAGAUGCUUUUGAUCUAGAUAAUUUAAUUUUCUUGGAACCUAAUGAUGAUGAUAAACAGUCUGAGGAAGACCUUGAUGAUGAUGGAGAUGGUGAUGAAAGUGAUGAUAUUCAUGGAGAUGAUCCUAUUAGAGGAUUGGACAUGCUUCUUUGA